AUGGUUAUUGCUUCAAUACCGCCGGAUACAAAAACCGAAAGCAUGAUGGCUGCUGCAUCAUCAUCAUUAUCUACAACAUCAAGCAUCUUCACCAUGCAUCAUGACAUUAUCCAUACACACAUCCUCACACGCCUCGACGCCGCCACGCUGGCAACAACCGCCUCCACUUGUUCUCACCUCCGCCACCUCUGUAUAGACGACAAUCUCUGGCGAAAAAUCUGCACCGCCACGUGGCCUUCCCUAGUAGACCCCACCACCUGCCACAUCAUCUCCACUUUCCCAAACCGCCACCGUUCGCUCUUCUCCGACGCAUUCCCCGCACUUCAUCAUUUCUCUUGCAAUUCAAAUUGUCCGUCGUCUCCUCCUCCGCCGGAGAUCAUUUCCGCCGUGGAUAUUUUCUACAAAGGCAAGCCGGUAUUUUCGAGAGUUCGGCGGACCGAAACAACGAAGAACUCGUUUCUCUCCUCGCCGCUAUGGAUUGAAAUUCUGGAACCGAACGAGUUAGUUCCGACGCCGGUGAAGUUCGUAAGAAAAGGCGAAGAAUUGAUGAGGCAUUUGGAAGAGAAUUUAUGUUUAAGCUGGAUCCUAAUCGAUCCGAUCGGGAAACGAUCGGCGAAUGUUUCGAGUCGGAAGCCGGUUUUAGUACGGCGGCACUGGCUAACAAGAGACGUGGAGAUUCUAUUUGCAGUGACGAUGGCGGGGGAGGCGCGACGCGCGACGGAGAGAGUGCAGUGUAUGGUGAAGGUCACGUGCUGUGGGAAAGUCGGAGGGGAGUUGCACGUGAGGGAGGUGAAUUUAGUGAUGGAGGAUAUGGAAGGAGGGAAGGUGAGUGGGAAAGAAGGGGUUGUGAUUUUGCAGAAAGCGAUGGAGUUUGGGGAGAGGAAGAAAGUGGGUGAAGUGGGAGAGAUGAUAGAGAGGUUUGAUACAUUUUUGGGUAUGAUUAGGGAGAGGAGAGAGAAGAAAUAUAGAAGACAGAAGGAACGUGAUGGUGUUUCUAUGGUGGUUGCGUUCAUUGUUUGCGUUUGGUUUUGUUACCUAGCUGGUUUUUGA